AUGAAAGUUUCUAGUGUCUUUGUUGGUGUGUUUUUAGUUAAUCUAACUUAUGCUAUCACUUUACCUCAACAGUUCAAUUUCUUUAGAAAUAAGGAUAAUGAGAAACUGGGUCUAAUUAAAGACCUCGUCUCCAACGUUGUUCACACUCUAGAUUUGAAUAUCGACUACCAAGGCGCAGUCGAUUUGUUCACCGCUAACAAUAACAAGCUUCUUCGUGUGUGGGAGAAAUUCGUCACGGUCCAAGAUUUGGUCGAUUUGAACAAGAAUUUGAUUUCAAAACCAUUGGGUAAGUUUUCCUUUAAGGACAACAAGUUCUGGGAUACUAUCACGAGCACAAAAACGAAUGAUUAUCAAUUAAGAAGUCAAAAAAUCAAAAAUCCGAAGAAACUGGGUGUAGAUCCAGGUGUCGACCAAUAUUCGGGUUAUUUGGAUGUUGUCGAAGAUGACAAACACUUCUUUUACUGGUUUUUUGAGAGUAGAAAUGAUCCCAAGAACGAUCCAGUUAUUCUUUGGUUGAAUGGUGGUCCAGGUUGUUCCUCAAUGACAGGUCUAUUCUUUGAAUUAGGUUCUUCCUCGAUAGGCAAAAACUUGAAGCCAAUCUAUAACCCAUACUCUUGGAAUUCAAAUGCCUCCGUUAUCUUUUUAGAUCAACCAGUAAAUGUCGGUUUCUCUUACUCAGGUUCUGCUGGUGUCUCUAACACAAUCGCUGCCUCAAAGGAUAUUUACAACUUCUUAAAUCUAUUUUUUGAACAAUUCCCACAAUUCGCAAAGAAUGAUUUCCACAUUGCUGGCGAAUCAUACGCCGGCCACUAUAUUCCAGUCUUUGCUACAGAAAUUCUAUCGCACCCUGCUGAGGAGAGAUCUUUCAACUUGACUUCGGUUAUGAUCGGUAACGGUUUGACAGACCCUUUGAACCAAUACCCAUAUUACAAGCCAAUGGCUUGUGGUGAAGGUGGUGCCGGUGCAGUGUUGUCUCCUGACGAAUGUCAAGCAAUGGAUGACUCGCUAGAUCGUUGUCUAUCUUUGAUUCAAUCCUGUUAUAGUAGCAACUCUGUCUGGACUUGUGUUCCAGCUUCAAUCUACUGUAACAACGCUCAACUCUUACCAUAUCAAAGAACAGGUAAGAAUGUUUACGAUAUUAGAAAAGAGUGUGAAAAUGAUUCAUUAUGUUACAACGAUCUACAAUACAUUGAUGAAUAUUUGAAUGAGGAAUUUGUUCAGAAUGAAAUUGGUGCAGAAGUCUCAAGUUUUCAAUCUUGUAACUUCGACAUCAACAAAAAUUUCUUAUUCAAUGGUGACUGGAUGAAGCCAUAUCAAGUACACGUUACUCAAUUACUGGACGAAUAUAAACUGCCUGUGUUGAUCUACGCUGGUGACAAAGAUUUCAUCUGCAACUGGCUAGGUAACCAACAUUGGACCGAUGUCUUACCAUGGGAACACAAUGAAGGCUUCCAAAAUGCUGAUAUUAAGAAAUAUCAAUCCAGUUUAUUGGGUAAACCAGCUGGUGAAUACAAAUCAUACAAGAACUUCACUUUCUUAAGAUUAUUCAACGGUGGUCAUAUGGUCCCAUAUGAUCAACCAGAAAAUGCAUUAAGCAUGGUUAAUGACUGGAUUCACAACGGUUACAAAUUAUAA